UCCCUUCCCUCCUUCUCCCUGCAGCGCGGAUCGCCAUGGAGCAGCAGUCGAAUCCAUCCGGCUCAGCAUCGGCGGGUCCAUCCAAGCGCGCCUCGUCUACCUCCGCCUCGCCCACCAAGCGGCCUCGUCUCGCCUCCGCCUCCUCUCGCGUCCUCGCACUCCAAGCCUCCUCCAGCUUCUCCCUCGCUCUCGCCUCCUCCUCUCCCUCUCCCCAAUGGUACGCCUCCUUUCUCUUCCUCCCCACCUCCUCCGGCAUUCUCCUCGUGCAUCCCUUGCGCCGCGAACAACGACAUCUCCUGCCGCUGGCGGCGCCGCGCUUCUUCUGCGUCGCCCCAAGCGCAGACGCCGUCUUUGCCGCGAACGAGAGGGGCGCCAAAGUGUGGACGCGCGCGCCGGCGACGCAGUGCGGCAAUGCAUGGACGGAACAUGUGCUGCCGACCUCGAGUGUGCGCGGCGGCGGCGGCGUCAAGGAGGCGAGAUGGUGUGGAGAGCCAGGCAAGUGGGCACAUGCUUCCUCUUCGACGACAAGUACUUUCGCCACCAGCUUCCGUCGCACUCUCCCUUCUGGUCCUCAAGCAGCUACGUCCCGUGCUCUGCUGCUCGUCUUGCACUCCGGACACGUCCUCCUCGUUCGCCUGCCUGAUGCUCAAGGCGCCAGCGGCACGGCGGCUGGCGCGACGCUCGAGGUGCUGCAGGCGACCCUGGAGAGGCCGAGCGUGGUGAGACGCGGCGAGGAGGAGGAGGUGAAGCCUCUUGCGCCUACGACAGACAGGGAAAUGGUGCGAGAAGUGUCCAUCUGUGCGCUCCCGGGAGAAUCGACCUUUCUGAUCGCCUACAAUCUCGCGCCCAGCCUCGUCUCCACUUCCUCUCUCUCCUCUGCUCCUCAUCUCGGCGCCUCACUCGACCCCUCCACGACGACCAGCGCCGCUUCGCCCGAUGCCUCUGCCGCCGCUGCGCUCCUCGCCGUCGCGCAAAGCACCGCCACGCCAGCGGCGGCGCGCACGCCUUUUGCCGCGGCGCUGGGCGGAGCUGCGGGCACUGCGCUCGCGGGAGACGGGGAUGAGGGGAAGGGAAAGGGACAAGUGAGGUUCUGUGAAGUCAGGAUUUCACUGGGAGGAGAAGAGACAGAGGAGGUCUACCUGAGUACUCGACCUCUAGCCUCUCUCUCGCUCAACCCAACAUCCAGUCCAAGCACCUCACUCUUCCAGCCCUCUUCUCUCCUUCUUCUCUCUCCCUCACCCUCGCACGACUCGUCCGGCGCGCUGCCUCUCCUGCUCCUCGCCUCCGACGGCGCAAGUCUGCGCAGCUGGAGCGUGAAGAGAGAAACGUGGGGCCUCAGUGAGGCGUUUGCGCAACUGGGAGGCAAGGAGAGUGGUGCGGGAAAGGGAGAGCAGACGGAUUGGAGCUUCGUCGAGGCUCGGCAAAAGGACAUGCAAGUGGCGUCGAUGAUGGCAAACGACGGCGACGUGUGGAUCACCACGAACGCUUCACUUCUCCAUCGUCUCGACGCCGCAACGUUCGAGACGAGCAGCACGACGAGCCUGCCGCCGGGAAUGUGGAGGCAUGGCGUUGCCAUUUCGCCCAAUGGCGUCUGUGCGGCGGGAGUGGAUGCUCGAUUGCACCACAAUGCACAGCAGCGCCGAAGUCAGGUGCGCCUCUUCCCGCUCGGCACGAGGCGCGAGGAGGAGGCAGGCAAACGAGAGGAAGCAGCAGCGGCGAGUGAGGACGUCGGCGUCAAGGAGGAGAAUGACAAGGACGAGACGACCUCGCAGGAGCGCUCGAGGCAAGCAGGUCAAGCACUGGCGCUCUGCCUCUUGAAUCGCACAGAUGCAAACGACGUAGUGUUGGUGCAUCAGCUUCACACGCCUGAGCGCAUCGCAUCAGCUCUGCGCGCCACAGUGCAGGCGCUGCAUCUGGCUGCGUCGCCAAGUGUCACCGAACCGCUGCGCGUGUUGCAGCUCAACGCUGCGCUGUGCAACACUCGCGCUGUGGCGGGAGGAGCGGAGCGUUGUAAUGUGGUGCUUCGACUUGCCGACGUCGUUCGCACAUUGGGCGCAGCUCGGAGAGGCAGCACAGCUUGGCGACUCGAUCGACUGAUCGAUCUCACUCGCGCCUCCGAGUACACUUUCGAUCUCUGCGAGACGCUCGCGCGCCAAGCAGUGCUUGUGCACGCCAAGGAGCAAGUCUACACGCCCGAGUCUUCCUCCGGCGAGCAGGACCGCGGCUCACAUGCAAGUGCAAGCGCAAACGCUGCCGCCGCUGCCGGGCAAGACGAUCUUCUCUCGCUCUUCGCCCUCUCUCGUCCACGCCUGCUGCUGCAGCACGCCCUCAAACAUGCCCUCUCUCUUCGUCAACUCUUGCUCUCUACAUCCGACGAGGCGCGGCGUGAAGCUUUGCUCGACUCUCAACGCUCCAUCUUCGUCUCCUCCUCCUCCUCCUCCUCCUCCACCGCUGCAGGUGCCCAAGGUGCGGGCGCGGGCGCCAACGGCUCGAUGGCCAGCCUCAUCGCCACGCUCGACUCGGCGCGUGCACUUGUGCGCGCCUCGAGUGUGGGCCGCUGUGUGCAGGCAGAGGAGAUGUUGGAUGUCUUGUCUGCAUUUGAGGCACCGCCAGACUCAAACGAUGACAUGUGGUUCUGUCUUCCUGGCCUCCGCUCUACGUCGCGCGAGGCAACAGUACAACUGGCGCAUGCUCUCCUCGGUGCCAGUGCCAGCAUCGACUCCUCCUCUCCCGCGCGUCGUGGAGUAGUUCGCGAUCUCCUGCCCCUCCUCAUCUCGCCACACGACGUGCUCGACGAAGCCUCGGCACUGGCGCCGCUGCUGCUGCCGCGCGCGAGUAGAGCGGGAGAAGGCGCGGCGUGGCAGGCAAAGGAGAGCAACGUGCUCUGUCUGGCAUGUGGAGAGGUGGAGAAGAGAGGCGAGAGGCGAUGCGUAUGUGGCGGUGAGGGAUGGAGGUUGUAAGCGCAAAUGCCAUCGCGAUGCCAUUGUCUCGACUUCGAGCACUGCAGCUGUCGUUGACCGCGCCCUGCGUUCCCGAGCCCUUGCCUCGGCCCCCUCUCCC